CGUCGAGGGGGCGGGCGUUGUUGCGCUCGUUUCGUCUGUGCCCUUGACGUCUCCGCAUUGUGCCUGGCGACCAUGGCUGUGCUGGGGGCCUUUUUGCGCCGCGGCGCCCAGGGGCGCAACGCCCUGCUUCGGAUGCAGAUGCUGGAAAUAAAUGUGGAGCGAAGUUAUGUAUCAAAAUCCACUUUAAAUGAAGUGGUCAUAGCAAGUGCCACAAGAACACCUAUUGGAUCCUUUCUAGGCAGCCUUUCUUCCCUGCCAGCCACUAAGCUUGGUUCCAUCGCCAUUCAGGGAGCCAUUGAAAAGGCGGGGAUACCAAAAGAAGAGGUGAAAGAAGCAUACAUGGGUAAUGUUCUACAAGGAGGUGAAGGACAGGCCCCUACAAGGCAAGCGGUACUGGGUGCAGGCUUACCUAUUUCUACUCCAUGUACCACUAUAAACAAAGUUUGUGCCUCAGGAAUGAAAGCCAUCAUGAUGGCCUCGCAGAAUCUUAUGUGUGGACAUCAGGAUGUGAUGGUGGCAGGUGGGAUGGAGAGCAUGUCCAAUGUUCCCUAUGUAAUGAACAGAGGAGCAACACCAUUCGGUGGGGUAAAGCUUGAAGAUUUAAUCAUCAAAGAUGGGCUAACUGAUGUCUACAAUAAAAUUCAUAUGGGCAAUUGUGCUGAGAAUACUGCAAAGAAGCUGAAUAUUCCACGGGAAGAACAGGAUACUUAUGCUAUUAGCUCCUACACCAGAAGCAAAGCAGCAUGGGAAGCUGGAAAGUUUGGAAAAGAAGUUAUUCCUGUCACAAUCACAGCAAAAGGUAAACCAGAUGUAGUGGUGAAAGAAGAUGAAGAAUAUAAACGUGUUGAUUUUAGCAAAAUUCCAAAGCUGAAGACCGUCUUCCAAAAAGAAAAUGGCACAGUUACCGCGGGCAACGCCAGCACCCUGAAUGACGGAGCAGCCGCGGCGGUUCUGAUGACUGCAGAUGCAGCCAGGAGGCUCAACGUUAAACCACUGGCAAGAAUAGCAGCAUUUGCUGAUGCUGCUGUAGAACCUAUUGAUUUUCCAGUUGCACCUGUAUAUGCUGUACUUAAGGUUCUUAAAGAUGCAGGAGUGAAAAAAGAAGAUAUUACAAUGUGGGAAAUCAAUGAAGCCUUUAGUGUGGUUGUACUAGCAAACAUUAAAAUGCUAGAGAUUGAUCCUCAAAAAGUGAAUAUCAACGGAGGAGCUGUUUCUCUGGGACAUCCAAUUGGGAUGUCUGGAGCCAGGAUUGUCACUCAUCUGGUUCAUGCCUUGAAGCAGGGAGAAUACGGUAUUGCCAGCAUCUGCAAUGGAGGAGGGGGUGCUUCUGCCAUGCUGAUCCAGAAGCUGUGAGACAACCUCUGUAAUCAGUGUGACUGCCUGUCUUGGGUCAGCUUAUAUCAAAAUAAUGUUUCUUGUUUUAAAUUUUCUAUUUAACUUUAAAAAAUAUGACAGGAAAAUCAAAUUCCAAAAUGUUUUGAAGUAAAA